CAAAUUCUGAUAUUUAAAACUUUAGCUCUUACACAAAAUAAGUCGAUAGUGACUAUAAACACCUCUUAUGUUCAGUGCACAUCUCUCUCACAUAAUAAUAGCCGAAGAAUAGGAGAAACGGUCUCUUAAUGACUUUUCAAGUGCUUAAAUAGAAAGAUAGUUUUUUAAGCACAAAAAAAGUCAUUCACAGCCAGACUGAAGUUAUGACCCAUAUUUUUGACAAACUUAACGACUGUUAGCUCAUAGUAUGUCAUAUAUAUUCUUUGUUGCCAUAUGUGCUAUUCUCCCCAUUACAAUUUUUCUGUUCUAUUGGUUUUCUUUCCCCACUCAAAUUCUUGCACUUUCUAUUCGUGUUUGCCCAGAAUUCUAAGGUUAGUGCGUAAAGAGCCGAAAGGCUCUAAAUGGGAGCUAUGUAUGGUAUGGGCGUGGAAUAUUACUACAAAUGUUCGUGAAAUGAAAUCUGGCCUUUUUUGUUAUUUCUCUAAACCUGGGGAUGCCUCUAUCUUCAAGCCUCGUAUUCUAAAAAGCUCAAAAUCUGGUAUACAUGCAUUAGUUCCCUCUAGUCUUCUUUCUUCUCACUUGUUUUUCUCUAUAUAAACCCCUGGAUUCUAACCAUUGUGGUAAAACUCAUCACUACUCCAUAAUCUUCCUAUCCUGUUCUGUUUCUCCUUUUUGACAUUUUCUGUAAGAUGGAAAGGAACCAGUUAUCAAGGCAGAUCAACAGAAUGAGACAAUCACUAUUUGAUCAGGGAUCUCUUGAUGAACAAUUUGUCCAGCUUGAGCUGCUACAAGAUGAGACUAACCCAAAUUUUGUUGAGGAAGUUGUAACUCUAUGCUACCGUGAUUCCUAUAGAUUAAUCCUCAACUUAGAGCAAGCACUACAGAAGAGCCCUCUUGACUUUAAUCAGUUGGAUAGCUAUAUGCAACAGUUCAAGGGAAGUAGCUCAAGCAUUGGAGCAAGAAAGGUGAAAGCUCAGUGCACACUUUUUAGGGAAUACUGCAAGUCUGGGAGUGGAGAAGGAUGCUUUAGGACUUUCCAGGAACUGAAGAAAGAACGUACAGCUCUGAAAAACAAGUUUGAAGCUUAUUUUCAGCUGAAAAGGCAAGCUGGUCCGAGUCAAAUUGCAAGUCGUCCCAAGUAACAAAUGAUGGGCAACCAAAGGCAAUGACUUCAAAUGGGAAAUCAAGCAGAUGAUUAGGUGGGCGUAGAGGCCUUGGAAUGUAAAGAUUUCAAUUUCAAAGCUCUGUCUUAACUUUCGGUUUUGUAAAUGGCUGGCUUAUAGACUUAAAAAUGCUCCUUGAUGGGAUGAAUUGCACAGAAUCCAAGUACUUAUGUGUCCAGUAAA